AUUAGAAAUCUAACCGUUAGGAGAGACGGCAUGCAUGUUUUACGAAAAGGAAAACAUUUUCUCCCAAAUCAAUUGAUCUCUCCGUAACCUAGUUCCGUAUUUUCUUUCUCUCUUCUUGACUUUCGAGAACUCUGUCAAUCGACGCUUCCACAAUUUGCUGAAACAGCAAAUCCCUUCGAAUUUUUUCAGAUUACGGAUCUAGCUGGUCAGGGCUUCUCGCUCGCCGUCGAGUUGUAUAACAGAAACAGAGAAUAAAAGGCUUCAUUCAAGAAGAAGAGACCUUGAACAAGAUUCAAGUGAUGAAGCGUGAUUAUGAUGAGACGAAAAUGAAGGAGUUAGAGCAGAUCAGCGUGACAACUUAUAACAUCACCUCAAACGCAAUGAUGAUAACACAGGUUGAAACAGUAGCUCAGUUUGGUGUAAUCUUUCUCCUUUUUGCUUUAGGAUUAGAAUUUUCUGCAGCAAAGCUUCGUGUAGUUCGUGCAGUAGCUAUUCCAGGAGGUCUUCUUCAAAUAUUUUUGUUCAUGUGCUUGAGUGGGAUAACAGCCUCGUUAUGCGGUGGUAAACUAGCAGAAGGAAUAUUCGUAGGUGCUUUUCUUUCGAUGUCGUCAACAGCGGUGGUGUUGAAAUUUUUAAUGGAAAAAAAUAGCAUAAGUGCUCUACAUGGCCAGAUAACCGUUGGAACACUUAUCCUUCAGGAUUGUGCUGUGGGUUUGCUUUUUGCUCUCCUUCCGGUUCUUGGUGGCACAUCUGGUGUCCUUCAAGGAAUGUUGUCCAUGGCUAAAUCGUUGGCUAUUUUGAUUGCGUUUUUGGCUGCUUUGAUUGUACUGUCACGUACCUGGGUACCUUGGUUUCUAAAACUUAUGACAAGCCUUUCUUCUCAGACUAACGAGCUCUACCAGUUGGCCGCUGUAGCAUUUUGUUUGCUUGUUGCUUGGUGUAGUGACAAGCUCGGUCUAAGUCUUGAGCUGGGUUCCUUUUCGGCAGGAGUGAUGAUCUCAACAACGGAUCUCGCCCAGCAUACUCUUGAACAAGUAGAACCAAUCCGCAAUUUUUUUGCAGCGCUGUUCCUUGCUAGUAUUGGAAUGUUGAUACAUAUGCACUUCUUGUGGAACCAUGUUGAUAUUCUGGUAGCAGUUGUGUUACUGGUGAUAGUGAUAAAGACCGUGGUCGUUGCAAUCGUUGUUAACGUCUUUGGAUACUACUUUUAAGAAGUUGGAAUGUCGCUUGCGCAGAUUGGGGAAUUUGCUUUUGUUCUGCUAAGUCGAGCAUCUAAUCUUCACCUUAUUGAGAGCAAACUGUACCUCCUACUUCUGGGAACAACUGCUCUAAGCCUGUGAAUAUGUUGCAGGUAACGACACCAUUUCUAUUAAAGUUGAUACCGGCCAUUGUACAUUUAGGAGUGCUCUUACGGUGGUUCUCUCCCGAUAGCUCAACUGAGAUUCUUAUUUGGGAACAUUGUCCCUUGCUGCCUCCUUGGUUCGAAAAGGCGUGUGGCGAGAAGAAGCGAAGAGACUGGCGCUUAGCGCCUAGCACCACGGCGCCACAAAGCAAGCGCUUCAUGUAUCCUGCAACAAGAAGGUAAGUUCCUAGACCAUCUAUAUGUAUAUCAUGCUGCACAACUGAAAAAACCAAAUCCAUAUAAUAAAAUUCAAAGGUUCUUAGAGCAAAACACAACUGAAAAUAUUAAAUGCAAACACCAAAUUAAAAAAAACCAAAUUCAAAAGCAAAUGAAACACCAGUAGACAAAGCUCUACUCCGAUUCAGAAUCCUCAUACUCCAAUUCCCUGUCAUAGCCAACACCUACCUCGCCUUCAAUGUCAUCCUCUUCAUCAACCAACUCCAACUGAGAAGGUGAUGGACCAUAGCAUUUCUUCUGAGUUGAAGAGCUUGCUAUUCCUUUUCCUUUGUCGUUUUUAGCUGAAGUAUGAGUCUUUGCUCCUCUAGUAGUGUAGUUUGGCUCUUCAGCUCCUACUGCCUCACUCACCAUGGUCCAAGGCAGCCUGUCUCUAAAAGAAACUUAUGCCAUCUCCUAUAGCAAGAUUGUUAAAUGGACCGAGAAUAUGGGUUGGUGGUGCAUGUAUAAAGAAGGGCUUUAGGGGAUGGCAAAUAAGAGCAUGCGGCUCAGUCUUAAGACAAAAGACUAUAACUGAAAACAGAUUCCUUACCCACGGCUUACAACGAUUAUUACCCACGGCUUACACAUGUUUUGACAAAGACAAAGAUUUAUUACCCACGGCUUACAAGUCUUAAAGACCAAAGACUUUUAUGUUUUCAGUUAUUUGAAUGGUACAGUUUGAGAAAGUCCUAAGACAAGGAUUAUAACUGAAAACAAUGUCCCUUGCUGCCUCUAAAAAAAACUUAUGCCAUCCCCUAAUGGAUCGAGAAUAUGGGUUGGUGGUGCAUGUAUAGAGAAGGGCGUUAGGGGAUGGUAAAUAAGAGCAUGCGGCUCAGUCUUAAGACAAAAGACUAUAACUGAAAACAGAUUCUUUACCCACGGCUUACAAAGAUUUAUUACCCUUGGCUUACACAUGUCUUAGACAAAGACAAAGAUUUAUUACCCACGGCUUACAAGUCUUAAAGACCAAAGACUUUUCUGUUUUCAGUUAUUUGAACGGUACAGUUUGAGAAAGUCACAAGACAAGGACUAUAACUGAAAACAAUGUCCCUUGCUGCCUCUAAAAGAAACUUAUGUCAUCCCCUAAUGGAUCGAGAAUAUGGGUUGGUGGUGCAUAUAUAGGGAAGGGCGUUAGGGGAUGGCAAAUAAGAGCAUGCGGCUCAAUCUUAAGACAAAAGACUAUAACUGAAAACAGAUUCUUUACCCACGGCUUACAAAGAUUUAUUACCCUCGGCUUACACAUGUCUUAGACAAAGACAAAUAUUUAUUACCCACGGCUUACAAGUCUUAAAGACCAAAGACUUUUCUGUUUUCAGUUAUUUGAACGGUACAGUUUGAGAAAGUCCUAAGACAAGGACUAUAACUGAAAACAUUGUCCCUUGCUGCCUCUAAAAGAAACUUAUGCCAUCUCCUAAUGGACCGAGAAUAUGGGUUGGUGGUGCAUGUAUAAAGAAGGGCUUUAAGGGAUGGCAAAUAAGAGUAUGCGGCUCAGUCUUUAGACAAAAGACUAUAACUGAAAACAGAUUCCUUACCCACGGCUUACAAAGAUUAUUACCCACGGCUUACACAUGUCUUGACAAAGACAAAGAUUUAUUACCCACGGCUUACAAGUCUUAAAGACCAAAGACUUUUCUGUUUUCAGUUAUUUGAAUGGUACAGUUUGAGAAAGUCCUAAGACAAGGACUAUAACUGAAAACAUUGUCCCUUGCUGCCUUUAAAAGAAACUUAUGCCAUCCCCUUAUGGACCGAGAAUAUGGGUUGGUGGUGCAUGUAUAAAGAAGGGCGUUAGGGGAUGGCAAAUAAGAGCAUGCGGCUCAGUCUUAAGACAAAAGACUAUAACUGAAAACAGAUUCCUUACCCACGGCUUACACAUGUCUUGACAAAGACAAAGAUUUAUUACCCAUGGCUUAAAAGUCUUAAAGAGCAAAGACUUCUGUUUUCAGUUAUUUGAAUGGUACAGUUUCAGAAAGUCCUAAGACAAGGACUAUAGCUGAAAACAUUGUCCCUUGCUGCCUCUAAAAGAAACUUAUGUCAUCCCCUAAUGGACCGAGAAUAUGGGUUGGUGGUGCAUGUAUAAAGAAAGGCGUUAGGGGAUGGCAAAGAAGAGCAUGCGGCUCAGUCUUAAGACAAAAAACUAUAACUGAAAACAGAUUCUUUACCCACGGCUUACAAAUAUUUAUUACCCACGGCUUACACAAGUCUUGACAAAGACAAAGAUUUAUUACCCACGGCUUACAAGUCUUAAAGACCAAAGACUUUUCUGUUUUCAGUUAUUUGAAUGGUACAGUUUGAGAAAGUCCUAAGACAGGGACUAUAACUAAAAACAUUGUCCCUUGCUGCCUUUAAAAUAAACUUAUGCCAUCCCCUUAUGGACCGAGAAUAUGGGUUGGUGGUGCAUGUAUAAAGAAGGGCGUUAGGGGAUGGCAAAUAAGAGCAUGCGGCUCAGUCUUAAGACAAAAGACUAUAACUGAAAACAGAUUCGUUACCCACGGCUUACAAAGAUUUAUUACCCACGGCUUACACAUGUCUUGACAAAGACAAAGAUUUAUUACCCACGGCUUAAAAGUCUUAAAGAGCAAAGACUUUUCUGUUUUCAGUUAUUUGAAUGGUACAGUUUCAGAAAGUCCUAAGACAAGGACUAUAGCUGAAAACAUUGUCCCUUGCUGUCUGUAAAAGAAACUUAUGUCAUCCCCUAAUGGACCGAGAAUAUGGGUUGGUGGUGCAUGUAUAAAGAAGGGCGUUAGGGGAUGGCAAAGAAGAGCAUGCGGCUCAGUCUUAAGACAAAAGACUAUAACUCAAAAACAGAUUCUUUACCCACGGCUUACAAAUAUUUAUUACCCACGGCUUACACAAGUCUUGACAAAGACAAAGAUUUAUUACCCACGGCUUACAAGUCUUAAAGUCCAAAGACUUUUCUGUUUUCAGUUAUUUGAAUGGUACAGAUUGAGAAAGUCCUAAGACAAGGACUAUAACUGAAAACAUUGUCCCUUGCUGCCUCUAAAAGAAACUUAUGCCAUCUCCUAAUGGACCGAGAAUAUGGGUUGGUGGUGCAUGUAUAAAGAAGGGCUUUAAGGGAUGGCAAAUAAGAGUAUGCGGCUCAGUCUUUAGACAAAAGACUAUAACUGAAAACAGAUUCCUUACCCACGGCUUACAAAGAUUAUUACCCACGGCUUACACAUGUCUUGACAAAGACAAAUAUUUAUUACCCACGGCUUACAAGUCUUAAAGACCAAAGACUUUUAUGUUUUCAGUUAUUUGAAUGGUACAGUUUGAGAAAGUCCUAAGACAAGGAUUAUAACUGAAAACAAUGUCCCUUGCUGCCUCUAAAAAAAACUUAUGCCAUCCCCUAAUGGAUCGAGAAUAUGGGUUGGUGGUGCAUGUAUAGAGAAGGGCGUUAGGGGAUGGCAAAUAAGAGCAUGCGGCUCAGUCUUAAGACAAAAGACUAUAACUGAAAACAGAUUCUUUACCCACGGCUUACAAAGAUUUAUUACCCUCGGCUUACACAUGUCUUAGACAAAGACAAAGAUUUAUUACCCACGGCUUACAAGUCUUAAAGACCAAAGACUUUUCUGUUUUCAGUUAUUUGAACGGUAUAGUUUGAGAAAGUCACAAGACAAGGACUAUAACUGAAAACAAUGUCCCUUGCUGCCUCUAAAAGAAACUUAUGUCAUCCCCUAAUGGAUCGAGAAUAUGGGUUGGUGGUGCAUAUAUAGAGAAGGGCGUUAGGGGAUGGCAAAUAAGAGCAUGCGGCUCAGUCUUAAGACAAAAGACUAUAACUGAAAACAGAUUCUUUACCCACGGCUUACAAAGAUUUAUUACCCUCGGCUUACACAUGUCUUAGACAAAGACAAAUAUUUAUUACCCACGGCUUACAAGUCUUAAAGACCAAAGACUUUUCUGUUUUCAGUUAUUUGAACGGUACAGUUUGAGAAAGUCCUAAGACAAGGACUAUAACUGAAAACAUUGUCCCUUGCUGCCUCUAAAAGAAACUUAUGCCAUCUCCUAAUGGACCGAGAAUAUGGGUUGGUGGUGCAUGUAUAAAGAAGGGCUUUAAGGGAUGGCAAAUAAGAGUAUGCGGCUCAGUCUUUAGACAAAAGACUGUAACUGAAAACAGAUUCUUUACCCACGGCUUACAAAGAUUAUUACCCACGGCUUACACAUGUCUUGACAAAGACAAAGAUUUAUUACCCACGGCUUACAAGUCUUAAAGACCAAAGACUUUUCUGUUUUCAGUUAUUUGAAUGGUACAGUUUGAGAAAGUCCUAAGACAAGGACUAUAACUGAAAACAUUGUCCCUUGCUGCCUUUAAAAGAAACUUAUGCCAUCCCCUUAUGGACCGAGAAUAUGGGUUGGUGGUGCAUGUAUAAAGAAGGGCGUUAGGGGAUGGCAAAUAAGAGCAUGCGGCUCAGUCUUAAGACAAAAGACUAUAACUGAAAACAGAUUCCUUACCCACGGCUUACACAUGUCUUGACAAAGACAAAGAUUUAUUACCCACGGCUUAAAAGUCUUAAAGAGCAAAGACUUCUGUUUUCAGUUAUUUGAAUGGUACAGUUUCAGAAAGUCCUAAGACAAGGACUAUAACUGAAAACAUUGUCCCUUGCUGUCUCUAAAAGAAACUUAUGCCAUCCCCUAAUGGACCGAGAAUAUGGGUUGGUGGUGCAUGUAUAAAGAAGGGCGUUAGGGGAUGGAAAAUAAGAGCAUACGGCUCAGUCUUAAGACAAAAGACUAUAACUGAAAACAGAUUCCUUACCCACGGCUUACAAAGAUUUAUUACCCACGGCUUACACAUGUCUUGACAAAGACAAAGAUUUAUUACCCACGGCUUACGAGUCUUAAAGACCAAAGCCUUUCCUGUUUUCAGUUAUUUGAAUGGUACAGUUUGAGAAAGUCCUAAGACAAGGACUAUAACUGAAAACAUUGUCCCUUGCUGCCUCUAAAAGAAACUUAUGACAUCCCCUAAUGGACCGAGAAUAUGGGUUGGUGGUGCAUGUAUAAAGAAGGGCGUUAGGGGAUGGCAAAUAAGAGCAUGCGGCUCAGUCUUAAGACAAAAGACUAUAACUGAAAACAGAUUCCUUACCCACGGCUUACACAUGUCUUGACAAAGACAAAGAUUUAUUACCCAUGGCUUAAAAGUCUUAAAGAGCAAAGACUUCUGUUUUCAGUUAUUUGAAUGGUACAGUUUCAGAAAGUCCUAAGACAAGGACUAUAGCUGAAAACAUUGUCCCUUGCUGCCUCUAAAAGAAACUUAUGUCAUCCCCUAAUGGACCGAGAAUAUGGGUUGGUGGUGCAUGUAUAAAGAAAGGCGUUAGGGGAUGGCAAAGAAGAGCAUGCGGCUCAGUCUUAAGACAAAAAACUAUAACUGAAAACAGAUUCUUUACCCACGGCUUACAAAUAUUUAUUACCCACGGCUUACACAAGUCUUGACAAAGACAAAGAUUUAUUACCCACGGCUUACAAGUCUUAAAGACCAAAGACUUUUCUGUUUU